AUGCCUAGACCAACCACCAGAACUGAGGUCCUCGAUCACCUUCGGGCUGCCGUAUCCCGCGGUGAGGCCAUUGUCGGCGCCGGCGCCGGGACUGGUCUAAGUGCCAAAUGCGUCGAGAACGGCGGUGGCCAUCUCAUUAUUGUCUAUAACUCGGGCCGUUUCCGAAUGGCUGGCCGCGGAAGCUUGGCUGGCCUGAUGCCGUACGGUGACGCCAAUAAGAUUGUCGUGGAAAUGGCAAUUCCUCAGGCCUCUGAAGUUCUCCCCAUUGUCAAAAAGACACCGGUGCUGGCCGGGGUCUGCGGCACGGAUCCGUUCCGGGAAAUGCCCUACUUUCUCUCGCAGCUCAAGGCGAUUGGCUUCAGCGGGGUGCAAAACUUCCCCACCGUCGGCCUUAUCGACGAGGACUCGGUAUUCCGGCAAAACCUGGAGGAGACGGGCAUGGGCUAUGGUCUGGAAGUGGACAUGAUCCGGGAGGCGCGGCGGCAGGACCUCUUCACCUGCGCCUACGUCUUUUCGGCCCGUGACGCCGCCGACAUGACCCGCGCCGGCAGCGAUGUCAUCGUGGCCCACAUGGGUCUGACGACGAGCGGAAGCAUCGGUGCCCAGACCGGCAAGAGCCUCGACGAGUGCGUGAGCAGGAUCCAGGAGAUCCGCGAUGCCGCCGUCGCGGUCCGGGACGACAUUAUUGUGCUUUGUCACGGCGGUCCCAUUGCCAAUCCCGAAGACGCUACCUACGUCCUCGCCCGGACUCGAGGCGUUCAGGGCUUCUUUGGUGCUAGUAGCAUGGAAAGGCUGCCGACGGAGAAGGCGAUCCAGGCAACGACGGAGGAGUUUCGACAAGUCAAGAUCGGCAAGGCGUAA